AUGGGAAAGUUUUACAUCGCUUACCGGAUGAAGCGUCAAGGCAUCUACUACCAUAUCAUACAAGUGCAAAGCGCCCUUCAGGCUCAGCUUGAGACCCCGCAGCAUCUGACAUACGUCAAUCGAUACAACGAAUGCCUGGAACUUUUGCGGGAAUGCUUUCCGGAAGCCGACCUCCAGCCGCUCCAUCUUCAGCCUUGCGAGGCUCCGGAAGCGGUUCAAGAGCUCGCCCACCGAAUGCUGAGCGCGGCUCUCCAGACGCCCGAGGAUUGUGCAAAGUUUAGGGAGAUUUGCGCAAAGACCCGGGGGAAGCGUGCGGCAGACCGCAAGUCGGAAUGCCCGUGCGAGCAAAUGGUAACGCAAGCUGGGUGAAGUUCGGUGCUGUCUGUGAUGUUUAUCCCCGAAGCGCCAGCGGCCUCAGCAAUCCGCCCCACAGCCGCGAGCUUCACCGCGGCACAGUACAAAUGAGCAGCUUGCGUAUUUCAUAGAGAAAUGUAAGCAAAUUUGUCGGCCUGCUGGUGGCAAGUCGGAAGGCCCGUGCGAACAAAUGGUAACACAAGCUGGGUGUUCAAGUUAUCAUACGCUGUCAUCUCAGAAUUCCAUUAUGAGAUACGCGGCACCUUUUGAGAUUAAAUUUAGCCCGAGAGGCGCUGAUGUGACUUUGACCUCGGUCAAUGGAGGCAGGCAGAGUUGU